AUGAGCUGUCUUCUAUAUAGUGUGAUCCCAGUGGGGCUGGCUCUGCUGGUUUGUGGAGCACAGGCCUUUUUCCUCCCCAACACCACAAGCCUGGAGAAGUUGCUGAGCAAGUACCAGCAGGCAGAGCCGCACUCGCAUUCACGGGUGCGCAGGGCCAUCCCCUGGUCCGAUCGCCAGGAAAUCCUCAUGCUGCACAACAAGCUGCGAGGCCAGGUGUAUCCUCCUUCCUCCAACAUGGAAUACAUGACUUGGGAUGAGGAGCUGGAGAGGUCUGCGGCAGCAUGGGCACAGGAGUGCCUGUGGGAGCAUGGGCCCGCCAGCCUAUUGGUGUCCAUCGGGCAGAACUUGGCUGUGCACUGGGGCAGGUACCGCUCUCCUGGGUUCCACGUGCAGUCCUGGUAUGACGAGGUGAAGGACUACACCUACCCCUACCCCCACGAGUGCAAUCCGUGGUGCCCAGAGCGCUGCUCAGGGGCUAUGUGCACCCACUACACACAGAUGGUCUGGGCCACCACCAACAAGGUUGGCUGUGCUGUACACACCUGUCGAAGCAUGAACGUCUGGGGAGACAUUUGGGAGAAUGCCGUGUAUCUUGUCUGCAAUUAUUCUCCAAAGGGAAACUGGAUUGGUGAGGCCCCCUACAAGCAUGGCCGUCCCUGCUCUGAAUGCCCGCCCAGCUAUGGAGGUGGCUGCAGGAACAACCUAUGUUACCGAGCAGAGGAGCCCUACAGUCAGAAACCGGAGGUGGAUGAGAUGAACGAGGUGGAACCACCCCCUGCUCCCGAGGUUCAGCCCAGGGUGGUCAGACCCUCGAAGCCCAAGAAGACCCCAACCAUCAACUUCAUGACCCAAGUGGUUCGCUGUGACACCAAGAUGAAGGACACAUGCAAGGGAUCCACCUGUAACAGGUACCAGUGCCCGGCAGGCUGUCUGAACAAUAAGGCGAAGGUUUUUGGAUCUCUGUUUUAUGAAAGUUCUUCCAGCAUAUGCCGGGCUGCUCUCCACUAUGGUGUCAUUGAUGAUCGAGGUGGCCUAGUGGAUGUCACCAGGAAUGGGAUGGUACCCUUCUUUGUCAAAUCCCCAAAAAAUGGUGUGGAGUCCCUGAGCAAAUACAAGCCUUCCAGCUCCUUCACGGUGUCAAAAGUGAAAGAGAAGGGUGUGGACUGCCACACCACAGUCGCACAGCUCUGCCCCUUUGAGAAGCCGGCCACCCACUGCCCGAGGGUCCAGUGUCCUGCACGCUGUGGAGAAGAGCCGUCCUAUUGGGCACCUGUGUUUGGAACCAAUAUCUAUGCUGAUACUUCCAGCAUUUGCAAGGCAGCUGUGCAUGCAGGUGUCAUCAGUGAUGAAAACGGCGGCUAUGCAGAUGUGAUGCCAGUGGACAAAAAGAAGAGCUACGUGGGCUCGCUCAGGAAUGGGGUGCAGUCAGAAAGCCUGAGUGCCCCUCAGAAUGGAAACGCCUUCCGGAUCUUCGCUGUCAGGCAGUGAAUGUGGAGAGCUGGGGAGAAGGGGAUGUCAUCUACUGCGUUUGGGGUCCUGCUUUUUACCUGUACUUUGUCCUUUGGGGGUGGGGUGGGGUUACAGAGAGUCAGGAAUCUUUCUUUCAGUGUCAUUGAAUGUCCUGUCCCUUUGUGGCCUUCGGUGAGGGUCACGUAGCAUCAUCAGCUCAUGAGUAGCAUGCCAUGGAGUCUCGGGUGGACAACCAGUGCCCAGACUGGCCAGGCUGUGGUCCCCAUCUGGCCACUCAGGAGCUGCUCACUGAGGCACUCCUCACCACAUUUGCUUUGGUGCGUGGAGGGGGAAGCGUUCAAACCCUUGAGGAUACAGGUUUGAGAUGUGUCGUGAAUGGGACUCUUGUCUGAGUAGAGAUGACAGCCCUAAAGUCACAGUACGUCCUACCAACAGGGAAAUAGGUUCUAUGUUUGCUGGUCAGACAGAUGGGCUGCAAGGAGAGGCCCGGGGAAAGACUUGGGCUCUGCCCUGGUAGUGUCCUUGCUUGUGUCUCCUGCCCUCUUGGCGGUCAUGUGCUUAUAUAUCCAGCAGAGCUGGUCUAUUUAAAGUUGGCAGCACUCCAGAGAUUUAUCUUGUCUUUGUCCUUGUCCGUGUGGCCUGUUUUCACAUGACCUUUGGUCUCAUGGAGGACCGAUGCAUCAGGAGCCUUCCGCCCCAUUCUAUGACACUGUGGCUUCUUCCCCACCCCAGGCUGGUCUAGGUGUUCUCCUUUGGGGCUUGGCUUUGCACAAGGCUCCAGGUCUUAGAUGUCUGUUCACCCCUUAGAACAAGGGCUGUCUCACUGCUGCUGUUUGAGUGACAACUCAAUGUCACCUUCCUCUUCGCUUGGGUGACCUAGUUUCUAGCUGUGGGAGGAAUGGAUUGCUGGCACAUUCCUCAUGGAGGUUAAUGGCGUGGCUUGUGGUUGUAAAACCGCCCAUGACACACCAGCCACCAGGGAGAGGCGCCGGGACACACAGGAAGGACUCCUAUUCCUAUUGGUGCAGCUUAGCUCCUGCCAGCGUUCCUGGGCUCCAAGAGUGUGGUGAGCCCUGGCUUCCAUCACUUAGGAGCCUGGCCCAAACCCACUGUAAAAUGAAACAUGUUCUUGUAAACAGCUUACUCUAGAGAAGGUGAAAUCCCACCCCAGCCCUAGGGAUGUAGAAGUUGCCCGUGAGUGCUGGCUCCAAAUGGGGUUUCAUGAUCCAGCCAACUAUUUCCUAAGGGGGGGGGAGCAGAAAAUAAAACAAAACACUGCCCUAAGGGACAGGCUGGGGAGUUGGCUUGGUGGUUAAGGGCUUUUGUGGCUUCCAGAAGACCUGAGUUCAAUUCCCACCACUCACUCACAGGCUGUUCACACCUACCUGUAACUCUAGGCAAUCUAUGAUCUCCACAGGUACCACACACAUACACAUGAAUAAAAGUGCAAAUAGUUCUUUAAAAAAACCCUAUUUGAGUCUAAACAAAGCCCCCCCCCCCAUGGAGCCAUGUGGACCUAGUUGGGUUAAAUGUUUAUUUGUUUGAGACAGAGUUUCACUAUGUAGUCCAGGUUGGCCUUGACUCAUCAUGUAGCCCAGGCUGGCCUCCUCAGUGCUGAGAUAGCUUUCCCCAAAUCCAUCCCUUCUGGGGAGUUUAUAAAAAGCACACAAUCUUGAGCCAGCCCCAGCUAGCCUUUUCUGGGCUUUUCCCACCUCACGUUGUGAGUGUGGCAUUUUGUAGGCAUAAACUCUUCACCCCAGAUGUCAGAGCAGACAAAUGCUCAGCCUGUGGAGGGGGGCUCCAGGUUUCCACCAAACAUCUGGAAAACUUCCAGAUGCAAGUAGUACUGUGGGACUCUGGCUUCACUCAGCUUACAGGGCAAGGUUGGGAUGGUAAGGAAAAUUGCUCCCCUCCUGGUUUUCUAGAACGAGUAACCAGGGGAACUUGCUGUGAGAGUCUACACUGCGGUCCUGAGUGCACCCCGGCUGGCCCUUCCACCAGGCAUAGGGGCCUUGCUCAUCUUCACCAAUAGUUAGAAACUGGAAGCCCCUUUCUUCAGGAAAAAAAUGGAAAUGAAACUUUGAAUGACAAGAUCUUGAUGUCAGAGCACUUCUGACCUUGUGUCCAUCAGUUCUUCCAAGUUUAAAGUGACCACACCCAUGCCAGCUGCAUCCCGCACUCUGCCCUGUGAUAGUUUCCAUUUGCUUCUAGGUUGUGCUCGGUCUGUUCUGAGGGGUGUGUUGACUCUCCAUGAUCUGUAGGCUCUCUUGGCCCGCAGUUUACUGUGUGCUUUUUUCUAUGAAAAAUGAUAUAUUUUACAACUUCCUAUGUACAAAAGUUUAUUGUAAGUUUUUGUGCUUCGCAUGAAUAGGGCCACACUGGUUGUUGCUAUGGUUUCAAUAAAACUGAUUUGAUUUCUAACACA